UGACUCCUCCUCGCUGCGGUAUAUUACUUGAAAUGCCUACAGGCGGAGAAGAGGAGGACGACUCGUGUUCCAGCUCCUCACCACAGCCUGCACUUUACUGCUGAACAGCCUUUUUCAUUUCUUUGUCUUUUCUUUUCUUAGUGAGUUUGUUGUUUGUUUGUUUGUUUGUUUGUUUGUGAGGAACUCCUGCGCCAACAUGAAUCCGCCCUGUGGAAGAUGCAAUAAACCAGUUUAUCCCACAGAAAAAAUAAAUUGCCUUGAUAAGUAUUGGCACAAAGGUUGUUUCAGCUGCGAGGUUUGCAAGAUGGCCCUGAGCAUGACGACCUACAAAGGCUUUGAGAAGAAACCUUACUGCAGCAUGCAUUAUCCCAAAACCUCCUUCACCAUCGUGGCCGACACGCCCGAGAACCUGCGUCUCAAACAACAGACCAUGCUCAACAGCCAGGCUCUUUACAAGGGGGACUUUGAGAAGAACAAAGGGAAAGGUUUCAGCGUGGUGGUCGACACUCCGGAGAUGCAGAGACUGAAGAAGACCCAGGACCAGAUCAGUAACAUCAAGUACCACGAGGAGUUCGAGAGGAGCAGGGUCCGAAGCGACGCGCCUCCUCCCGAGAACAGACACGACGGUGAGGAACAACUAUCCAACCCUGAGAGGUCCAUGCAGCCGGUCGGACAAACGCGCCCCGCUGCUGUAGCGCCCCCUGGCGGAGAGAGACGUUACCAGGCGGUGUACAGCUACGCGGCAGCAGAAGCGGAUGAAGUGUCCCUGCAGGAAGGCGACCUGCUGACUCAGGUGGAGCAGAUAGACGAAGGGUGGAUGUUCGGCGUCAACCAGCGCACGGGGCAGCGGGGCAUGCUGCCUGCCAACUACGUCAGAGCCCUGUGAGGCGCGAGGAGGUCCAUCUGCAUCUAUUGUCGCCGUUAACAGUCAGACUUCUACUCAAAAGCAUCUUUCGCUCAUUUAAAAAUGAAUUGAAAAUGAAUCCUCUUUUUGUCGUCAGAAAUAAGAUUAAUGAAAAAAAGUGUUUAUUGAAAACAUUAGUGACAUUUCACUAAUACUCAAGGUUGAAUAGUUUGUAAAAACCUCGAGAGGAGCACAGAGGGAUUACAUUUAUAAAUCAGAAUAAAUAAUGUGAAAUAAACCCACAAUAAUUAUCACUGUGUACUUUUCUCUCUGAGCAACCACCUCUAUAUAACUUGACUUAACUUGGGUUUUUAAAACCCAAGUGACUCCGUUUGAUAUGUCAAGAAAGUAAUUGAGUCUGAUUUGAUUAAAAGUGAAAUAUUAAACAGAUUUCUCUCCAAGACACAUUAUAAUGUUGCGUCAAUCCUUUUGUUCCACAGCACAUAUGUGACUUUCAGAAUGAUGAAAUAAUUAAUGUAUAAUAUUAAAAUAUGUGUGUGUGCUCACCACUUAAACAUUG